AUGAAUCUCACUGUCGCAACUUACCUCUUGGGGAUUUUGGUCGGGAAGAAGGUGUUGUCUAAUGUAGUGUCAAAACCAGCACACGAUUGUCGCCUGGUUGAAUUUGAUCGACACGGGGUGUUGGAUAAUGGCCCAUUUGGGAAAAGGGAAGCCACACAAGAUGAUUUUCUUUACGAUGAUCGUUGGACCAAAGAGGUUGACAACCUGUUCAUAGACCUCCUUGUAGAGGCCCACUUUGGUCUUCAAUGGAGACAUGGCAGACCAGGGUCGAAUGUCUUCGCCUACUUCCGUGGUGUAUUAGUUGCAGAUCUCAGGGCAAACUUCACGGUCACUGAAGUCAAGGAAAGGUUUGAUUUCCUUCACAAGCGUUUCCGAGUCUUUAGUUGGAUGCUAAGAAAACAUGGGUUGCGCCUCUGUGUCCAGUCCAACGUCCUCACGGCUCCGAUAGCAGUGUGGGAUGAUAUCUUCGAGUCCGACCCAUUCUCGGUAGCAUACCAACAUUCUGAGGACCCGCGUUGGCUGGACAUACGAUAUUUGUUCACUGAGGUGUAUGAAGCCAGCUCAAAUGCAUCGAAUGUGUUGGACCAAAAUUCUACUAAUGAAAAUUAUGUAGCGGCCUUGUACGAACAGUCGUACGUGUUUGAGCUGAGUUCCCUCACCAAUGAUCCACUACUAAAUAGUUCAAUCGGAAACAACGUUUGUCAACCAAGAUCUACACGAGAACGUCAGGAUUCAUCCGAAGGCUCAGUGAAUACACACACCCAUGUGAACAUUCAAAGGCGGGGGAGUCGAACACCAUUGCGCAUUCCCCGACCACCUCGUAAGCCGGCCCCAUCUUCAUGCAAAGGAUCUUCUAGUGACCCGCCUACCUGA